CGCAGACCAAGUCACCACACUCUUUCUUCAUUACCUUGCCUGCUCCAUCAUGUCUUCUGGAAUCGUUCCUUCGGCUGACGUCCUCCGUGUCUUUGAGGAAGACUUGAAGCGAAACAAGAAGUUCAAGUACAUCAUUCUCGGCAUAGCGAAGGUUGUCGAUCCCUCAAAUGCAAAGCCCGUAGAUACGAUUGUGGUAACGAAGACGUCUGAAGAGCCUUCAUGGGACAAGUUUCUCGCAGAGCUUACGGAUACCGAGUGCAAAUACGCUAUCUAUGAUUUCGCGUAUGAGGUCGAUGGUGGAGGACAGCGGACUAAGAUCAUCUUGAUUACCUGGGCCCCCGAUGGUGCGCAAACCAAGGAGAGGAUGAUAUUUGCGUCAUCCAAAGCGGCUUUGAAGGCCACAUUGAGUUCCGGCAUUGCCGCGGAGGUACAGGCCAACGACCUCUCUGAGAUAACGUUUGAAAUUGUACGGGCCAAGCUUGGCAACUGACCUGCCGAGCCUGGUAACAGAUCUGGGGAGUGUGGCAAUGGGUAUGUUGACUGCUCAACCUCAUUGUAUCAUGCAGCGGUCGUAGCUGUCUGAGUUCCUUGGCGAAUGUAAAUGAAAGUUUUUG